UUGAAGAAAUGUCCUAGCAUUCAGGGGAGGGUUCCCUCUGGUGGCGUGGUGGUGUAACGUCCCGGGCGGAUGUGCCGUUGGUUUUGUUAGUCCCGUGAUAUUUGAUAUUAUUCUGCUUUGCAGGAACAUUGUAGUCGAUAUGGGAGGUAGCUACAGCAAAAGACAGUGGGUUCUCCUGGCAGCGGGUUCUAAAGAUUGGGAAAACUACAGACAUCAGGCCAAUGUGUGCCACGCUUAUCAAGUCGCACAACAGAAUGGUGUUCCAGAUGAACAGAUCGUGGUGAUGAUGUAUGAUGACAUCGCUAAUAAUAAAGAAAAUCCUGUAUGUGGAAACAUAAUCAAUGUCCCAAACGGCCCAAAUGUUUACCCUGGGGUUCCAAAGGACUACACUGGAGAGGAGGUAUCAGCUCACAACUUUCUGGCUGUACUGCGUGGAGAUUCGGCUGCUGUUAAGAAAACAGGACCAAAAAAAGUCAUCCAAAGUGACAAAAACGAUUCUAUCUUCAUCUACUUAUCGGACCAUGGAGCUCAUGGAAUCUUUGGAUUUCCUCAUUCCACGCUUUAUGCACAUGAUCUCAUUAACACGGUGAAUACGAUGUCAUGGAGUGGCCAGUUUUCAAAGAUGGUGGUUUAUUUGGAAUCGUGCCAUGCUGGAUCAAUGCUGGACGAGCUGUCAGACAGAAACGGUUAGCACUUUCUCUAAUUACUGAGUUUAGACAUGUUAAAGUGUCUGUAAAGCCUUAAUCAUCUUGUUUCAGUGUAUUCGGUUGGGUCGUGCGGUCCUGAUGAAUAUGCUUAUGCUUGGUUCUGGGACAAGGAAAGAAAUACCUAUCUUGCUGAUGUCUUCACUGCUUUCUGGCUUCACCACACCGAGACUGUUAGUGUUCAGACUGUUGUUUUCUUCUAUACCAUUAUAAUGCACUUUGCUUUUUCUAAUACUACGUAUUUUUGUAAGGAUUCGCCAUUAGACGCUCAUUACACUCGUUCUUUUUUUCCUGUUCGUCUUCACUUCACUCUGAAGGAAAAACUUUGCUUGACUUCAUUUGAAGACCAGUUCUCCUACCUGAAGCAAAAUGUCAGCGAGGCUGUGAGAAAAGCUGUGGGGAAGACUCAGACGCCGUGCAACUACGGGUACAAGGUGUGUACAAUAUGAAAUAAAUAUAGUAUUUUAAAGCGUUCCUCAUGUCAUGACGGCUUUCAGUGAAGCAUUACAUACAUAUAUGUACAAUAGCAUAUGUAGCAUAAAGAGCAUAUAGCACAAUAAAUCUUUUAAACAUUGUAUUAUUAACCAAAAUGUUUACAGUUUCAAAUUUAAGUCUUUAUUCUUCUUUCCUCUACGUUAUUUAGGGAAUGCUGAAGGUAAUGUUGAGUGAAUUUUUUGGAGAUUCCCCUCGCUUUGUCAGCGAGACCUACACGUCCCAGAUCCUGAACGUUCAAGUGUCCGAUGUGGUGGACACUACAGAAGUUCCACUGAUAAUCCAAGAAAACAGGAUUAAAAACGAACAGGACCCGGAAAAGAGACAGGCCCUGGAAAGACAAUAUGAUGAUCUUAAAAGAAAGAGGAAGACAGUGGAUGAAGCGCUGCAGAAGAUUGCUGAGCGCACAAACGCUUCACGAGCUCUGACUGAAAAGCGUGAGGUGACUCGGACGUACGAACUCAAACUCGUGGCUGAGCAUUUCAGGAAAAAUCUCUUCAACUGGGAAGAG